AAGCCUUAUUUUGCUCUCUGUUCUUUCUCUCUGUUCUUUCUCUCAACAAUCGUUCCAACAAAUCAAGAGAGUUGAAUUCUGAAGCUUUUGCUACGUUUCUACCACUCAGGUUUGUUUCUCCGAACGCGAAAAUCUAAUACUUCUUUUAGGGUUUGUGAUGGAUGAUCUGCGAGAAUCUAUGUUCUAUCCAACUUCAUUUAUCUCAGUGAAGUUUUCUGCGCUUCCACGAUGCAAAUAUAGGGUUUCGCGUUUAGGGUUCCUUUCAAUUUAUUUAUUAUCGUAGUUUUCAUAAGGAUCGGCGAUACCAUAAUUUGGGGUUUUGGGAGAGUCUCUAUUGACGUUGCUGAUCAGGGUUAAAUUAUUGGUCUUUGAUCCAAGUCUUCAAUGGGUUUUGAUAUUGAUGUUGUUGAUCUUCCUCGAUCAACAUAGUUUUGUUGCUGUUCAUCACUUGCUUUACGAUUGUUAUUUUGGGAAUGGAAAAUUUGGGAGCCAAAAGGUUUUGGGUUUUGGAUGAAGAAUUAAGUCUAUGGCUGGGAUUCAAUCAUUGAGUUAAUGACUGAAAGCAUGAGCCAUGGAGAAUUUUAUUGAUAGGAUACAGUACCUGAUCUGGGAUGUCAUUACAAUGCCAUGUUUGUUUUUUAGAAUAUCAUGGAUACAAAGUUUGCACGAAGAACUGAGCGCAUUGGUAGAACAACAUGCUCUUAUAGGAGAGCUGGAAAAUGUAACAGAAAUCCAUGCAGAUUUUUGCACAUAGAGACACCAUCUCCACCUGCUGCUUGUGGUUAUGGCAAUACUGCAUAUAGCUACGGAAAAAAGCCCCAUUCCUCCUCUGAGAAUACCCCGAAAUAUGGUUCAAAGAAAGCAUUGCUUGGAGAUAAUGGAGAUAGAGGAGAUGCAACAAGGGUUGCUAAGGCUUUCAAGAAAUCAUCACCAAGGAUAUGUAAAUACUGGAUCAACAACAAUUGUGUACAUGGUGAACAAUGCCUGUAUCUGCAUUCAUGGUUUCGUGGUGAUGGGUUUUCCACAGUAACGAAACUUCAAGAACAUAAGAAGGUUAUCACUGGCAUCGCACUUCCUGUUGGAUCCGACAAACUUUAUUCUGGCAGCACUGAUGGGACAGUUAGGAUAUGGGACUGCCAUACUGGUCAAUGUGCUAAAGUCAUCAAUCUUGGUGCUGAGGUUACCUCUUUGAUCAGUGAGGGGUCAUGGAUUUUUGUUGGUCUGCAAAAUGCUGUCAAGGCUUGGAAUAUCCAGACCAUGUUAGAGUUUACUCUUGAUGGACCCAAAGGCCGAGUCCGUGCCAUGACUGUUGGCAACAAUACACUCUUUGCUGGUGCAGAGGAUGGUGUCAUUUUUGCUUGGAGAGGAAGCUCUAAAGCCGAUUCUCCUUUUGAACUGGUUGCGUCACUCACUGGCCACACUAAAGCAGUGGUUUGUCUGGCGGUUGGAUGCAAGAUGCUGUACUCCGGGUCCAUGGACCAAAGCAUAAAGGUCUGGGACAUGGAUACAUUACAGUGUACAAUGACACUAAAUGAUCAUACUGACGCAGUCACAUCCCUUAUCUGUUGGGAUCAAUAUCUGUUGUCAAGUUCAUCUGACCGCACAAUUAAAGUCUGGGCUUGCAUUGAAGCAGGAUCUUUGGAAGUGAUAUAUACACACACCGAAGAAAAUGGUGUUGUUUCACUUUUUGGGAUGCCUGAUGCAGAGGGAAAGCCAAUAUUAUUUUCCUCGUGCAGAGACAAUUCAGUUCACAUGUAUGAAUUGCCAUCAUUUUCAGAGAGGGGACGUUUAUUUGCCAAGAAAGAUGUGGCAUUGAUUGAGUUAGGUCCUGGUGGCCUCUUCUUCACUGGAGAUGAGAGUGGUUUGCUGAUGGUGUGGAAAUGGUUGGAGGUACCCAAGGUGGCAUCCUCUUGACAUGUUUCCUUUCAACGUUGGAGUUGUAUUAUCCCAUCUAUUUCCUCUUGAAGCAGAUGGUGAUAAGGAUGAAUUUAUUUGUCUGAGCCGUAAAUUCACUGUAAAAACAAUUGUAUAGAAAUUGACAAUUUUAUAGAAAUACCAAUUUCAUUCUUUUAUAUUCUUCCCAGCAGAUGUAAUCUUCUCCUGCUUUGAUAAAUAUAUUACUAUUGUAAGUAACAUGGUUUGUAAUGAAGUCUGUUUUCA